GCUGGGAACGGGGCGCGGAGGCCCCGCCGCAGCCUCCGCUUUCUCCUCCUCCCGGCCCCGGCUGCGGCAAGUGGGGGCCGGGCGCUGCUGCUAGCGCCGCCCCCGGGCCGCGCCUGGCCUGGUCCUGCCUCCCCUCCUCUGGCGGCGCCCGGGCUGAGCUUGGGGAGCGCGGCCCGCGUAGCUGGGGCGCGGCGCGGCUGUGAUGGGAGGGACGCGCGGCGGACAGCGCAGGCAGGAGAGGAGCCAGUUAUUUGCAGUGCUGUUCUGGCUCUGUCUGUCGCAGGGUAUCCGAGAGACAAGGCAGAGAAUAACUAGCAAGUGCUCCGUCAUCGGUUGUUUUGUCCGACGAUCUGCCCCUGGGAAACUGUUGUUCAGACGGUUGAAUGAAUGAAUGAAAAAGACAUUGCUAACAAAGAGCGUACUGGGCAGUCUGGAGUCCUCACUGAUUUUCUAAAAUCUUGGAAACUUUGUCUCCAUUGAAUUCCGACACUGUUCACCUUUAAUUCCCUCGAAAACGCCUGUAACCCGGCUGAAGCCAUGCCCUGUGUUCAGGCUCAGUAUGGGUCAUCGCCUCAAGGAGCCAGCCCAGCUUCCCAGAGCUACAGUUACCACUCUUCAGGAGAAUACAGCUCCGAUUUCUUAACUCCAGAGUUUGUCAAGUUUAGCAUGGACCUCACCAACACUGAAAUCACUGCCACCACUUCUCUCCCCAGCUUCAGUACCUUUAUGGACAACUACAGCACAAGCUACGACGUGAAGCCACCUUGCUUGUACCAAAUGCCCCUGUCCGGACAGCAGUCCUCUAUUAAAGUGGAAGACAUUCAGAUGCACAGCUACCAGCAACACAACCACCUCCCCCCUCAGUCGGAGGAGAUGAUGCCUCAUUCAGGCUCCGUUUACUACAAGCCUUCGUCGCCCCCGACUCCCACCACCCCCGGCUUCCAGGUGCAGCACAGCCCCAUGUGGGACGACCCUGGCUCCCUCCACAACUUCCACCAGAAUUACGUGGCCACCACCCACAUGAUCGAGCAGAGGAAAACGCCUGUGUCCAGGCUCUCCUUGUUCUCAUUUAAGCAAUCACCGCCUGGAACCCCAGUGUCCAGCUGCCAGAUGCGAUUUGACGGGCCCCUCCACGUGCCCAUGAACCCCGAGCCAUCCGGGGCCCACCAUGUAGUCGAUGGCCAGACAUUUGCAGUGCCCAAUCCCAUCCGCAAACAGGCAUCCAUGGGCUUCCCAGGGCUACAGAUUGGCCAUGCUUCCCAGCUGCUGGACACCCAGGUGCCAUCCCCUCCCUCCCGGGGGUCUCCAUCCAACGAGGGCCUCUGUGCAGUGUGCGGGGACAACGCGGCCUGCCAGCACUACGGAGUGCGCACUUGUGAGGGUUGCAAGGGGUUCUUCAAGCGCACUGUCCAGAAAAACGCAAAAUACGUGUGUUUAGCAAAUAAAAACUGCCCAGUUGACAAACGCCGCAGAAAUCGCUGCCAGUAUUGUCGGUUUCAAAAGUGCCUUGCAGUUGGCAUGGUCAAAGAAGUGGUUCGCACAGACAGUUUAAAAGGCCGAAGGGGUCGCUUACCAUCCAAACCGAAGAGCCCCCAGGAGCCCUCUCCCCCCUCUCCCCCGGUGAGUCUGAUCAGUGCCCUGGUGAGAGCCCAUGUCGACUCCAACCCGGCUAUGAGCAGCCUGGACUAUUCCAGGUUCCAGGCUAACCCUGACUACCAGAUGAGUGGAGAUGACACUCAGCAUAUCCAGCAGUUUUAUGAUCUCUUGACCGGCUCCAUGGAGAUCAUCCGAGGAUGGGCAGAAAAAAUCCCUGGUUUCACUGACCUCUCUAAACCAGACCAGGACCUCCUCUUCGAAUCCGCUUUCUUGGAACUGUUUGUGCUGCGGCUAGCAUACAGGUCCAGCCCAGUGGAGGGCAAGCUUAUCUUUUGCAAUGGGGUGGUCCUGCACAGGUUGCAGUGUGUCCGUGGCUUUGGAGAAUGGAUUGAUUCCAUUGUUGAAUUCUCCUCCAACUUGCAAAAUAUGAACAUCGACAUAUCUGCCUUCUCAUGCAUCGCUGCCCUGGCUAUGGUAACAGAGAGGCACGGGCUAAAGGAACCCAAGAGGGUGGAAGAACUUCAGAACAAGAUUGUAAAUUGUCUCAAAGACCAUGUAACUUUCAAUAACGGAGGUUUGAAUCGCCCCAAUUAUUUGUCCAAACUCUUGGGGAAGCUCCCUGAACUUCGCACCCUUUGCACACAGGGACUGCAACGCAUUUUCUACCUGAAACUAGAAGAUUUGGUGCCACCUCCAGCAAUAAUCGACAAACUUUUUCUGGACACUUUACCUUUUUAAGACUCUUCCCAUGCACUUAAAGUGAACUUUAAAGAAAAUAAACUCGACCUGUCUGAAGGGGAAUUCACCUGUGCGCAAAGCAGCACCUUUGGGUGCCAGAUUCCCAUCCCCAAAACUGUUGCUAACCUCCUGAAGGCAAAACGUGAAUGGGCAUUUUGGCUCUGGGGCAUCAAGGAUUCAGAUGAUGGACAACUUAAAUACCAUGGUAUAAGCUUUUUAUUAUCGGCUCAAAAUAUUAUUAAGAAGGACUUCUGAUUAAAAAGACGAUCAUAUUUGGCAACGCUGGGCUAAGACUCAUAUGAUGACAAAGUAUUAAGGUGACCCACAAGUCUCACCCUCUUAAAGACUAAAGUUUUCUGAUGUAAAAGAAAGCUGUAAUAUAUACUAAAAACUAAAUGUUACGUGGGUGGCAUGAAAUUAAAGAAGGCAAAGGCUUGUAAAUUUAUCAGAUGCAGUUUGGCUUUUUAAAUUAUUCUGUGCCUAUUUAUGAAUAAAUAUUAAAAUCAAUUCUAAAAGAAAGAACAUAGAUGUGUUUGCAAAGAAAGAGAAUGAAGUAACUCAAUGAAAUGGGAAAGCAUGAUGAUUCUAGGAUGACAAUGUUAUAGGCACUUGCUAUUUCAGUAAUGUCUAUAUUCUAUAAAUAGUAUUUCAGACACUAUGUAGUCUGUUAGAUUUUAUAAAGAUGGGUAGUUAUCUAAGCUUCAAACAUUUUCUCAAUUGUAAAAUAGGUGGGCACAAGUAUUACAAAACCGAAAUCUUGGACAAAGGGGCACACAGUGUUUGUAAACACCGUCCAACAUUCCUUGUUUGUAAGUGUUGUAUGUACUGUUGAUGUUGAUUAAAAAAAGUUUAUAUCUUAAUUAUUUUGUUGUCUAAAGCUAAACAAAUCUUGCAUGCAGCAGCUUUUGACUGUUUCCAGAGUGCUUAUAAUAUAUAUAACUCCCUGGAAAUUACUGAGCACUUUGAAUUUUUUGUUUUGUUUUCUAUGUCUAAAAUUGUCAGUUAAUAUAUUAUUUUAUGUUUGAGUAAUAUUUUUAAUAUUGCCAUAUUCUGUAGUAUUUUUCUUUGUAUAUUUCCAGUAUGGCACAUUAUACAAGUCACUGCCUUUUUUUAAUAUGGUGUAUGACAGUUAGAGACGCUGAAUUUUUUUUCCUGAUAAACUCUUUCUUUGAGGAAAGACAAUUUUAAUGUUUACAACAAUAAAACCAUGUAAACGAAUGGAAUUUCGUCUUCUUUCUGGCUAAGCGAGAAGUACCAAUACCAAAAUCCAUUGCAGAUAAAGAAAAUUGACUGUGGCGAUAUA